CUGAACAGAAGAGGGCGAGAGAAGGGAAAGAAGAGGCGGUAAGACGAGAAGAGAGAGAGGAAGACGGAAGAGGAGAGAAGAGAGAAGAGAAAAGGAGCAGCGAAAUAGCUGACGGUGAGAGCCGAGAAGAGAAGAGGAGAGAGAGGAGAGGACCGAAGAGAGGCCGAGUGCAAGCACCGACCAAGUCGUUGAACUUAUGGAGAUAAGCAGAGCCACGCAGAGUGUCCUGGGGAGAGCCUACCUCCAGACUAUAGGCUCAAUGAUGGCUUUCUGGUUGAUGAUGCCUCUUCUGCUCGUGACGGUGAUUAACACAGAUGGUGACAGUCACGACAGCGGCGCCGACGGCUAUGGAGGUUCCCGCAUUUUGCUCGCUGCUGCCUCUCCAACUGAGUCGAGGAGCUUUGCCGGGAGGUACCUGGCUAUGGGCCGGACAGGAGGAGGAGGAGGAGAAGAAGUGUUGGCAGCAAGAGGAUCUGUCCACGUGUCGACAGCUGAGGGCGCUCGAGCAUGGUCAGGAUCAGACUCCGAGCACGCCGCCGCUCUCCAUCGGCGGCGUUCUUCGAACCGUCGGCUGGCUGCGUCAACGUCGACUCUCCGUGGCAGAGGAGGAAGCUUCCAUGAAGGUUCUCCACGAGGGCGUGCUCUUCAAUCCACCGCAGCGAGCGACUGGGUGAAUGUUCACAACGCAGCGAGGACUAAUGUCAGUGUGGCUGGACUCAGCUGGAACGACACAGUGGCGUCUUCUGCAGCUGGUUGGGCCAGCACGCUCGCUACGACUUGCCAGAUGUACCACGCCUCAAACACCGGCUACGGGGAGAAUCUGUACAUGGCCUGGAGUUUGGGAGCUAUUAACAUCACGCCAUCAGAUGUUGUGGGCCUUUGGGUGUCUGAGAAGGCCGAUUACGACUACGCGAGCAACACCUGUGCUACCGGUAAGGUGUGCGGUCACUACACCCAGGUCGUCUGGAGGAACACCAAAGAAGUCGGGUGUGCUAUCGCCUCCUGCAUGUAUGGGUUGUAUAACGCGCAGAUCGCUGUCUGCCGGUACAGCCCACCUGGCAACUAUGUAGGCCAAAAGCCUUACUGACCGUCCGAUUCACUCUCAGACUGUGAGUGAAAGCGAGUAUGCCCUGAGUUUGCAUCUCUGUUCGGAGGAUCAAGUAGUUUUGAGCGUCAGUCUGACAGUCAGUCAGUUCUGCCUGAAAAGCAUAGUUGUCGUAGCCUCACUCAGACGCGGUUGGCCAUCGACUGCUUCUGGUAAUAGAGCAUUUCUGUCAGGAAUGACACUCCUGAUCUAUUUGGCAACGGUUAGACGGCACGUGAGUGUACUAAAGAACGA